AUGGAUUUCCUUCAAGCUACAUGGUUGCUGGUUGUUAUGGUUAUAUUUCAUAUCUAUAUUAUAACAGCGGAUCAGAUCUGUAACCAAUGUGAUUGUACUAUCAGAGACAGCACCGGAAAAGGAAAUAUAAAUGUUAAACCGAAAUGUCAAAGUGGUAAAAUCACAUGGCCUGAUCCCGUUAGUGCCGUCCGUUUAGAACUGAAACCGGAAGUGGUGGGUCCAUUCAAGGCUUGUAUUGCUCUAAAGAGCGAAAAUAUUGUGACAUUGGUUUCCAGAGAGAUUACCACAGAAACAGUGAACUAUAGAACUAGGUCAUAUGAUUCAAAAGUAGAUCUACUGCCAUGGUUUAGUGUCGAAGGUCAAGGUAAAGAACAUUGUGUCACGUCAUCUGAAUCAUCUGUAAUGUUAUACCUUGAGAUCGAGUCUACAACUGAAGAUUCUGGAUUAUCCAGAACUUUUAUAUAUUAUGAUAUUGAAUUGAUACCAGACAACAAGUUCAGUCCCGAUCCCAUGGAAGAAUGUCAACCCUGUUCAGACGAUGAAAUAUUAAGAUCUUACUGUAUCAGCGACUAUGUUGUAGUUGGAAGAAUGAAAGAGGUGAACUUCCAAUCUGAACUUGACAAAACGAAAGUGAACAUAAUCGUAGACCAGAUCGUCAAGACUACAGAUGAAGACAUAUUUAAAAGACAUGACAAUCUUCUUGAGGGUGCAUUGUUCACUUCGGUACAUUGUGGUGUUCAGAAAGGACCUGGACAAUUUUUAUUUACUGGAAGAAACAGACUCGGUCAACCAAUUCUGACAUGUGCGCCGUUCUAUGACCAAUGGAUACAAAUUCAAAGACUAGCUCAAGAAAAGGGAACAAUCGAAUGCGCCUAUGGUUGA